GUUUUAAAAGCCUAGCGACAUUGAUGCCGGAGGCUGGUUGGUAGUCAGUCGCUGGAUGGUGAUAAGACACGAAACACACUCUCGGAUUAUUGGUGAUAAGCCACACAUAGAUCGGAAUUAUUAUUAUUAUUGAAUAUCAACGCAAUUUUUGGAUUUUGAAAUUCAGUCAGCAUUCGACUCUCGCCGACAACGGUCUUGGGGACUUGGGAGUCUAGUUUAAGAUUUUGUUGGAUUUUAUUUUUUCUGGAUUAAGUGGAUUUGUGAAGUGAAGUGAAGAAAAUGUAUCGUCUCUCUAUUAAGUGUACACGCAAUGCCCUCUCAUCCGUGACACUGACCAAAUUCAGUGUCAGAUGUUUGGCCACCACCACCUCCGUGGAUGGGGUUUUGUUCCCAACCAAAUCGGAUUUCCCCAGCCGUCAUAUUGGACCACGCAAAACUGAUGUGGUUUCCAUGUUGGAUACUUUGGGAUAUAAGUCUCUGGGCGAGCUGACCGAGAAAGCUGUACCUAAACCCAUACAAUUGCAACGUGAUUUGAAUUUGGAUAAGCCUCUGAACGAACACGAAUUGAUUGUCCGCAUCCGUAAUAUUGCCAAAAAGAAUCAAAUAUGGCGUUCCUAUAUCGGCAUGGGCUAUCACAAUUGCCAUGUGCCCCAUACCAUUUUGCGGAAUAUCUUUGAAAAUCCCGGCUGGACAACACAAUAUACCCCAUAUCAACCGGAAAUUGCCCAGGGUCGUCUGGAAUCCCUGUUGAAUUAUCAGACUUUAGUCUCGGAAAUGACUGGUCUCGAUGUGGCCAAUGCUUCGUUGUUGGAUGAAGGCACGGCAGCGGCAGAGGCAAUGUGUUUGUGUACACGCCACAACAAACGCAAGAAGAUCUUCUUGUCCAACAAAAUUCAUCCCCAAACUUUGUCGGUUGUCAAGACCCGAGCCGAGGCCUUGGAGUUGGAAGUUGAGGUGGGCUCAAUUGAAAGUGCUGACUUGACAAGUCGGGAAAUUUCCGGUAUUCUCUUACAAUAUCCCGACACUUAUGGUGAUGUUAAGGACUUUGAGAGCAUUGCUGAGACUGCCCGGAAAAAUGGAACCCUUGUUGUGGUGGCCACUGACCUUUUGGCCUUGACCAUGUUGCGUCCCCCAGCCGAAUUUGGUGCCGACAUUGCUGUGGGUACAUCUCAACGUUUGGGUGUGCCAUUGGGUUAUGGUGGUCCUCAUGCUGGCUUUUUUGCCUGCAAACAAAAUUUGGUUCGCCUCAUGCCGGGUCGUAUGAUUGGUGUUACCCGUGAUAUGGAUGGCAAUGAUGCCUAUCGGUUGGCCUUGCAGACACGUGAGCAGCAUAUACGUCGCGACAAGGCCACCAGUAAUAUUUGUACAGCCCAGGCGUUGCUGGCCAAUAUGUCUGCCAUGUAUGCCAUUUAUCAUGGACCGGAGGGUCUUAAGGCCAUAGCAAAUCGUAUUCAUCAUUUCACACUGGCCCUGCAGGCAGGACUAAAAGGAGCUGGCCACACAGUUAACAACAAGCAUUUCUUUGAUACCUUACAUGUCACUCUGGGAGCGGACAUGACCGUGGAGGAACUGAAGGGACGGGCUGAAUUGAAACAAAUCAAUUUCCGUUACUUCCCUGAUGGCAGUGUCGGUGUGGCCCUCGAUGAAACUGUGGGCCCCAAGGAUUUGGAUGAUUUGUUGUGGGUCUUUAAGGGCAAGACAUUGGAACAAGUUUUGGCCACGAACGACAUUCUCGGUACCUCGAUUGAAAAGACACCAUUCUAUCGUACCUCCUCGUAUUUGACUCAUCCCAUUUUCAAUGCCUAUCACAGUGAAUCGCGUAUGGUGCGUUACAUGAAGAAAUUGGAGAAUAAAGACAUCUCGUUGGUCCAUUCCAUGAUCCCCUUGGGUUCAUGUACCAUGAAGCUGAAUGCCACCACAGAAAUGAUGCCCUGCUCAUUCCGUCACUUCACGGACAUACAUCCGUUUGCUCCUGUCGAACAGGCCCAGGGUUAUCAUCAAAUGUUCAAAGAAUUGGAAGAUGAUUUGUGUGAAAUUACGGGUUAUGAUAAAAUCUCUUUCCAACCCAACUCUGGAGCCCAGGGAGAAUAUGCUGGUUUGAGGGCCAUUCGUUCAUACCAUGAGCAACGCAAUGAGGGUCAUCGCAAUAUCUGUCUUAUUCCCAUUUCGGCUCAUGGCACCAAUCCUGCCUCGGCACAAAUGGCUGGCAUGAAAGUUGAACCCAUUCGCAUUCUUAGCGAUGGCAGUAUCGACAUGGCCCAUCUGAAGGAUAAGGCAGCGGAGCAUGCCAACAAUUUGUCAUGUCUUAUGAUCACCUAUCCCUCAACUAUGGGUGUGUUUGAAAGUACCGUGGCCGAUAUCUGCAGCCUUAUACACAAAUAUGGUGGUCAGGUUUAUUUGGAUGGUGCCAACAUGAAUGCCCAGGUGGGUCUUUGCCGCCCCGGUGAUUAUGGCAGUGAUGUGUCCCAUUUGAAUCUGCACAAGACUUUCUGUAUUCCUCAUGGUGGUGGUGGUCCUGGCAUGGGUCCCAUUGGUGUCAAGGCCCAUUUGGCUCCCUUCUUGCCUGGACAUCCGGUUAUUAGUCCCUCCGAUAAUGAGGCUACCAGUUUUGGUGUCGUCUCUGCCGCUCCAUUUGGCAGUUCGGCCAUUUUGCCCAUCUCCUGGUCAUACAUUAAACUAAUGGGUAGCCGUGGCUUGAAACGUGCCACCCAGGUUGCCAUUCUCAAUGCCAAUUACAUGUCGAAACGUUUGGAACAGCACUACAAGACCCUGUACAAAGAUCCACAAAAUGGUUUGGUGGCACAUGAAUUUAUUCUGGACAUUAGAGAUUUGAAGAAAUCGGCCAAUAUUGAGGCAGUCGAUAUCGCCAAACGUUUGAUGGAUUAUGGUUUCCAUGCACCCACAAUGUCAUGGCCUGUGGCUGGUACUUUGAUGAUUGAACCCACCGAAUCGGAGGAUAAAGAGGAAUUGGAUCGUUUCUGUGAUGCUCUGAUAUCGAUUCGUGAAGAAAUUGCUCAAAUCGAAAAUGGCACAAUGGAUAAGCAAGUAAAUCCUUUAAAGAUGGCACCACACACACAGUCGCAAGUUAUUUCCGAUAACUGGAAUAGACCAUAUAGUCGGGAAAUGGCCGCCUUCCCAGCUAUAUUCAUCAAACCCGAAUCCAAGAUCUGGCCCACAGUGGGUCGCAUUGAUGACGCCUAUGGUGAUAAGCAUCUUGUCUGCACCUGUCCCCCAAUUUUACCUGAUUUGUAAAACAAAUGUUUCCCGUGCCUUGUGAAUCUUUUUCUUUCUUAAUUAUUUGUAUAUUUUCGUAUAUUUAAAUAAAAAAAACAUUUUAAAUUUAAGGUUUUAAA